AUGACACUUAAACUCGGAGAUAAAUUUCCUAAUUUUUCAUGUAUAACAUCUCAUGGAAAAAUAGAUGAUUUUCACCAGUGGCUUGAUUCAUCUUGGGGUAUUCUAUUUUCACAUCCAGCAGAUUUUACACCUGUUUGUACAACUGAACUUGCUAAAGCUGUUGAAUUGGUACCAGAAUUUAAGAAACGAAAUGUUAAAAUUAUAGCUCUAUCUAUAGAUGAUGAAAUAUCACAUGUAAAAUGGUGUGAUGAUAUCAUUGAAUAUGGUAAACAUGUAGGUUUACUUGAAAAUCAUUAUGAAAAAACUUCAUUUCCUUUUCCAAUUAUUGCUGAUGUUAAUAGGGAACUAGCAACUAAACUUGGAAUGUUAGAUCCAGAAGAAAUUGGUUCAGAUGGUAUGCCAUUAACAGCUAGAGCCGUUUUCAUUAUUGGACCAACAAAAGAACUUAAACUUAGUAUUUUAUAUCCAGCAACAACUGGAAGAAAUUUUGAUGAGAUACUUCGUGUUAUUGAUUCUCUUCAACUCACAUCUGUUAAAAAAGUUGCAACUCCUGUUAAUUGGAAAAAUGGAGAUAAAUGCAUGAUUAUUCCAUCUCUUUCAAAUGAAGAUGCGGAAACGCUUUUUGGUAAAAAUAUUGAUUCAAUUAAUGUACCAUCAAAAAAGAAUUAUCUUCGUUUAACACAUAUACAUCAAUGA